GCGCCAAACCAAAGGUAGUAGGCUGUUAGUGGUGUUUAUUUUUUAUGUUAUGAUUUUAAAGAAAACUGAGAGUGUGUAACUUAUGUUAACAGAGGUGUUUAUUGUAGAAUUCAUGACGUUAGAGAAUAAUUUAUUGAGUGUCUUCUGACAGAACUGAUAAACCAUGGAUCCGAACUUUUUGAUACAACAGCUCCAAAGUGAGGAAGAUCGAGACUUUGUGCACUUAUAUAAAAACUUGUUCAGCAUUUUGAAAGAAGACAGCAGCAGUCUAGAUAAAUUUGAACCUCAUGUAAUAGUGCUUAGUCAGUGUCUGUUGAGGGAUAUUUCUGCUGAUAAUGAAUCUUUGCAACAAGAAGCUAUUAAGGUGCUUGGCCUUGUCUUAAUACAUAGGACUCUAGCAGAGAAACUAAACAAGUUGGUUCAAACAGAGAUAGUUGAAGCUUUAUGUAAACUGAGUGUCCAAACUGAAGAUAAAGUCAUUUGCAGUACGAUUUUAUGGUGUCUCUCCAAAAUUCAGCUUUCUUAUGAGGUGUACAAAGAAAAGAUAGAAAAUCUUCUGUCCUGUGUGGAUCAUGGCAUCAAUCAUCGAGAUUCUGCAACUGUUUUGUAUGGUGCUUGUGAGUUGCUAAUGAGACUUGUAAAUGACUAUCACACUGAACUUGCAUUCCAUAUUGCUAAAUGGGCACACCUAGUGUUUAUUCCCUUGUGUCAUCCUGCAAUAAAAAUUCAAGGACUUGCCUCUAACAUCUUGGAAAGCACAAUUACAACUAUAUCAUCCAAUUCUGAAGUUGUUGGGCCAGCUCUUACAACUCUUCUCACCAAUCAUUUGCUUAAAGACAUGUUGGAGUUAUUCAAGAACAAACAAGAGCAACAUGUUUUAAAGAUCUGGGGAUAUGUGGUUAGAGUGAUGGGAACAAAUCUUCAUAAGGGAAAGUCACUAAUGAAUGCUCUUCUUGAAGUCAUUGAAAGAGGAUUCAAGUCAAAUGUUGUGGAGGUUAAGAUCUCCGCAUUAACCGCAUGGAGAGAACUCAUUGACAAUUUUACUUUAAAUGUUGAAGUACUUAACAAUGGCAAAAGACUAAAACUCCUCCUGCAAGCAUUGAAGGCCAAUACCAGCAAGACUGAGUCUGUUGCUGUGGUUAGAUUAAGGACAUGGUGGCACUUAGUUUGGUGUCUUGAUGAAAAAUUGCCAGAUAAUUUUGAUAUGGUAUGUUUCCCACUUCUGCAGUUUUGCUUUUCAUCACAACUUCAAAAAACUAAGGAUUUGCCUCUUGUUACUUCCAGUCGAUCUGAAGGUCUACAGUUCCAUGGCUCUGUAAUUCAAAGUCCAAAGUUCCUACAAGUUUCAAGACUUGGAUGUGAAAUCUUAGUAAGACUAUUAGAAAAACCCCGGUUGUCAUCUCCUGGUUUUGUUUGGAGUACAAAGAAACAGCAUCACAUGAUAAUUCCAUCUCUUAAACACUUUCUUCCUGAUUCUUCAUUUGUGAAGCAUUCUGCCAUUUUGUUAGAAGCUGUCAGAGAAGGAUUGUCAAACCUAAUUAAUGAUGGAGCAUAUGCUGAUUUAUCCCAGCAGUUACUACAAUUAUUGGUGAUGAGAGUUUUUUCCUUAACAGAAGAGAAAAAAACUGAGAAUAACAAUGCUAUUAACGAUUUCCUGGAAUUUGUAACACAUAUAACAAAGAAUAAAUUGUGUCAGAAUUCUGCUCUGCUGAAAUUGUUGGAAUGUGUUAGUCAGUUUCCCAAGAAAAUUCUGAAUUCACACUGUUACUAUAGUGGACAGCUGCAAGUAAUGCAUGGUACACCAGCACUGAAUAUUCUACAUCUCUUGUGCACUCCAAGCAUUCUGUCUAUGGCUGAUAAGAAUGAAAGUGUUUUAAGCACAUUCAGUCAUUUAAUCAACACUGGUGCAAGAGGAACACUAUCACCGUUGUCUUUCAUUAAUUCCUCAAUCGAAUUUCUGAGUGAGAAGCAUGUUCUAUCAGAGGUCCAGGUGAAGACUAUCAUUGAAUUAUGGACUUCUGUUGCCAGUACUCUAUCAGAAGUGAUUCAAGUUACACAAGAUGUGAACCAGGGUGACCGACUCGACUAUGAUUUCUCUUGUGUGCUUAAUGUUCUGGUUUUUCCUUUUCGUUAUGUCUUAAACACACAGUCUGAACAGAUAAAAUUGGAUCACAUUCUGAAUGUAUGGAGCUCUUUGUAUUGUAGUUUUUCUCGUUGUGCUGCACUGGUUCCCACAGCAGAAUACAAUACAGAUUGUGAAGAAACCUCUCAAAAUAUUGAAAACUUGCUGACACCUGAUAUGCUUCAGAACCCAAUUUUGUUACAAUGGAUCUGUGAGAUAAUUUUUGUUAUUCUAAGCUGUCUUGACUUUUCCAGCAUUGGGAAGACAACAUCAGUUACAACAAGUCCUAGUAAAUGGAUCAAGAAAAAGCAGAGACCUCUUGGAAACCUGUCUUCUUUAGUUAAAUUGUUAAUAAAGAUUAUAAAUCAGUUUCAUGACCUGGAGGAGGACAAAGGAAAGCAACAGUCUCAACAACUCUGUACCAGUCUUCCAGUGAUUGCUACUGAUUUGGUAAAGAUGGUGAAAAUACUGUUUGAUGGUGUUACCUCAUCAUCUGUGAUUGGUCCUUUGUUUAGUAAACUAGUACCAACUAUAGCACCAUUUUAUAUAGCCAGCAGCAACAAGAAGUGUAGAAGUAAAGUUUAUGUUUCAUCAUUUUUACCUAAGUUGGAGAAUCUCUGGGAAUCUUUAUGCUGCUCUCUUCAGAACCAUUACUAUGGUCCUUGGAACUCUGAUUUUCUUACCGCUUUAAGUCCACUUCUGGAAGCAACUCUUCUUCACCCUCAACGAUCCAUUCGAGAAAAAUCAAGGCAGCUGUGGUACACGACCUUUGGAAAUAAUACCUCAGAGCUGGUUUAUCCCAACUCUUUCAAGAGUGUGCUGAAAAAAAUUAAACCAUCACUAGUUCCUGGUUUUGAGAUCAGCCCAACUAGUGAAAUAGAUGUUUCACAAAGUCUGGCUUCUCAGUCUCCAACAUCCAUGUCAGAGAUUCUACAGUUUAAUGGUUUCCAGUCUCCAAAGAAAGUUGGAAGUUUCUUGAAAAAAUCUACUGAAGAAUUGGAGCGUAUCAUUUCACCAAGAAAAUCACCAGCUGCUGAAAAGAAAACUUCUAAAAAGUGGAAGAUUGAUGAGAUGAAAGAGGAAGAUUUUGUAAAAAUUGAUUCUCCACCAAAAAAACGAAGGAUUUUAACUCAACAUCAGAAAGAAACUUUAAGGAAAAAAAGUUAUGUUCCUGCUCUAUAUAAUGAACUGUCACAAGACACAUCACAAGUUCCAUUUGAAUCAUCAGUUGAAGACUCUUGCAGCCCCCCACCUAUUGAGCUGGAUAAUUAUAAACCUUCUUUAGACCCAGUAGUUGUUUCAACUCUUGUAAGACCUUACUCUGAAAACAAGAUUUUUACAUCCAGUGAAGGCAUACAGUCUCAAAUCAAAAAUAUAAAUUUGGGAAAGAAAAAAGUGAGAUUUUCUGAUUCUCUGGACAACACUGACAUUGAAGUGAUUAAAGAAACCCCUAAACAACCUACUGGUUUGGCAUUGCAGCAGAAUACAUCAUCGAAAGGUAGUUCUUCAAUUCAGGAAGUGGAUCUUGGUUCAAUGGACCCUCAACAAAUCCAGAUACUUUCCACUGACUUUGAGAUGAAACAUGGUUGUCAUUCUCCUUCCAACCUCUCAUCCAACUCACUGGAAUUGAAGAAAACAGAGGAUACUGCAACAAAAGUACAGUUAGAAAGGAUAAGUGAAAAGACAACAGGACCCCAAGUUAUUGAUGUAGAAACUUGUGAAAAACCAGAUGAAAGCUUAGGUGUGAUGUCACACAUAAAUUCCAUUGUAGAAGUCAGACCUAACAGGAAACAUGGUAACUCACGUGACACAUCACCUCUCAUGAUUUCAAUGGGACAGAAUUGUGAGGAAGUUAUUGUUCCACGUUUAGCAAAGCACGACCAUAAAAUUUUGUGUGGAGCUAUAUUGGGUGUGAGAAAAUUAUCUAAAGAUGAGUUAAAUACAGUGAGUCAUUCAGUGGAAGCUAAAAAUGCUCAUGAAAACAAUAAAGACCAGUGUAUACAGCUAGAUUCAGAAGAUCCACUAGAAAUUUGUACUAUAUUAUGUAAUGGAGAUUCUGAGUUAAAGCUCCAAGAAAAAAAUCCAGUUCUUGAUACCAAUUGCAAUGAGUCUUUAGAUUUUAGUGCACCUGAAAAAGCUCCUAAUCAGAAAUCACACAAGUCAUUGCAUCGAAAAAGGAAAAAGAAUGAUGCAAAAGUACAUUCUGCCAUUUCUUUAUUUGAGUUUGAUGAACACAAAAAUCUCUCAGAGCAAUGUGAAAAUGAAAAAGACAACAAAAACUAUUCAAUCCAUGAGACCCUAGAAUCGUCUGAACCCCAGCAAUUAUCUGUGUUAGAAACAGAAUCCAAGCUAUCAAAGAAGAAAAAUCCUAAAGAUUCAUUAAGAAAUAAAGACAUGCUGAAAGUAAGCAAGUCCAAUGGUAAAAAAAACAAAGUGACUAAAACUUCUUGUAAAUUAUUGGACAAAAAUUCUAAAAAGCAUUGUAGAAAAACUAAGAUAAAAAAAGGUGAAUCUUCUAGGAAAAAGACAGUAUCUAAAUACACUGAUAUAAAUAUAGAAAAAAAUAGCAGUUUUGAUGACUUUGCUACAGCAGAAGAAAAUAUUUCCUCAAAUUCACAGCUCAAUCAGAAUGAAUCUUUAGGCUUAAAGUGCUCAUCCUCCCAAAAUAAAGAGAAUUUACCAAGUAGAAGUUUAAUCACACAGUCUGAUUUGGAGAACAGUGUAACUGUUGUUGAUGAAACACAAGAUAGUUUUAAAGUAACACAGAAUAUUGAUUCUUUAGAUGUUACAGACCACAGUGUUGGGGCUUGUAGAAAUAAAGGUAAAAAACAGUCAAAAAUGAAACAUUUAGAUUUUAAGAAAAGUAAACAGUCCUUAGUACAAACUGGAUUGACUGAUAACUGUAAUAUGUUGACAUGUAGCACUGAUGAUGACGUGGUUUUGACGGAAGCCGGAAAGUCUCGAAAAAGAAAAGUAAAACUCAGAAAAUCAACUGCAAAAAAAAAAGCCAGAAAAAAUUCACGUGUAGGCAGUUCAAGUAAAACUGAACUAAUCUUAUCUGAAGAAUGUGUACAGAUGGCCAACUUGAGUGAAAGCGGUACAGAAGUUUUGGAUAACCAAUGUUGUAAAUCAUUGCCACAAGUAACUAGCAAAGUGAAAAAUGGUAGAGGUAGAUCAUCAAAUAAAAAAAAAUCAUCAUUUGUUUUCCCAAAACUUAGUAAAGCCAGUAAUGAAGAGAUAAAAGACAUACAGGAAAGUGAAGAUAUAAUUCCAAGUUCACAGAGCUCAGCAGAGAAUACUGAAAUAUUUUGUUGCAAAGAUGUAACUGUUUCAGAAAAAUACUUGCAUGAAGAUGAAAGUGGCUCAUCUCAGAAGCUUCUUGAAGAUAUUCUGAAAGGAUCUUGUUCAUCAAAAGAACAGAUAACUUCUGAUAAUACACCAACUUGCAAUCGUAUUAACCAAGCAGUUCACCACAUAGGGCAAGAAGAGCCAUUCAAGUAUGAUUUUGAUACAGCUGAGGAAUCUGUACCAAAGGAAGUAAAAGUAAAUAAAAAGAAAAAAAAAGAUUCACAUAACUCUGAAGAUAAUCACCAAACUGUUGCAACCUGUGAAGAGAAUAAUUUAUUGGUUCUUUCUGAGACAAGUAAUGCAGUUCAGACCCCUAAAAGAAAGAGAGGCCGUCCAAGAAGGAAUUCAAGCAACAGCAAUAUAAGUAAAGCAGCCAAUACUGUUGGCAUUCAUCAUCAACAUGAAGAAGAGUAUCAGAAGCCUUUGAAUACUGAAGGGGAUGGAGAAAGUGAAGAUAUGUUACCCUCUUCUCUCCACUUCAGUAGUGAAGAACAGUGUAAUAAUAGCACUUCUGAUAAUAAGCAGGUUCUUGAGGAAGAACAUGGAAAUCUCUAUCAACCUCUUGAAAUUACUGUGAGUGUGAGUAGUAGUGGUAACUCUCAGGGUACUUUUGACCAAACUACAGAAACACAGGGAAGUGCUUUGGAAGCUGUGACUGAUAAAACAUCUAGCAUUCAUUUUGGAGUUGGGGUUAAAUCCAGUUUAACUCGUAGAAAAAGUGAAAGUAAUGUAAUUUGGUCAUCAAAUAUGUUUGAGGAGAAGGGGGAAAAUGUGAUGGAGAAAAAAAAGAACAAACAGAGAAAAGGAGGAGGAGUGAAAGAGUUCGUAAAAAAUCAUGUGCUGUAAAGCUGAGUGAAGGAAAUGAAGUUU